UUUAAAUGUCAAAUUAAGAAAUAAAUGAAUUAAAUGCUUUGUAAGUGUUGGAUUAUGAUAUAUUUGGCAAAUGCAAUGAUUUGAUGGUAUGUAAAAAUUCAUUAAUUUAAGUCUUUUAUCAAAACAACACAACCUAUUUUCAGUAACGAUCCUUAAAUUAAAGUAAAAAUUGGAGCGGUGGCAAAAUUAAUUAAUAUGCUUCUCAAAUUAUUAAAGGACUCCGAUAGCUCACUCUUAUCAAAUCAACAAGAGUAUCACGACAUCCUAUACAUAAUCAAUAAUAACUUAUAAUAGAAAAUAAAGCAAUAUGAAGAUAAAAUAAAACAGAUGAGUACUAGCGAUGCUUAGUCCAACAAUGAUAAAAUCAAAUUGAAUUAAGAGAUUUAAAAAUUGAAUUAUGAUGUACAAGCAAAAGCAAAUGAAAUUGUCAAAUUAAAAUAAGAGGUAACAUUAAUAUUUAUUUUAGAUAAAAGCGCUUAAACAUACAUGUUAAAAUCAAGAAAAUUUGGAGGAUGAAACUUUAAAUAAGAUGAAAAAUGAGAUAGAUAGCUUGAGUUAGGGUUCUUAUGACUUAUAAAAUGAGGUCAAAUUACUAAAAAUGCAACUAAAAUAAAAGGAAGAAAAAAUACAGGAUCAAGAAGGAAAAAUAAACUAAUAGAUGAAGGAAAUCAAUAAAUUCAAAAAUGAUUAAUCUCAAGAUAGAAAAAACGAUAUCUUUUUAGAAUAACAAAAAAUAUUCGAUGAAAAUACUGCACUAAAUGAUCGGAUUUAACAACUUGAGAAUGAAAGACUUUUAAAGUAAGUAAUAAAUCAACAAGCUAAUAAUCCAAUUCAGCAAGAAUAAGAUGUAUUUCAUGAAAAAUAGGUCCAGGAAUUAAAUGAAAUAUAGGAGAAAAUCUUUGGUCUUCUGAAUAGUUUGUCAAAAUAUGGAAUUAUCCUAAGUGUUUCUUUUGGAGCAUUUGUAUUGAUAUAAUUUCUUAAGUGA